ACACACUCCGUCUACAUCUCUCCAGCUGUUGGAGCCGACUGACAGCUGUGAUCAGCUGUGAGGAACAGACGUCGCUUCCCAUGACGCUGCUGAGGAGAGGACGUCUCCUUUCUCUUGAAAUCCACUCUCUCUCUCUCUCCUCACAUGAUGAAGGAAACGUGGAUGAGAUUUGGGGAUGUACCCAUGGGACGGUCCACCCCGCCCCCCACUGCCCUCUCAUAUCAUACCCUACAAGGCUGGAGUCACCUUUGACUGAGAUGCUCUCCUUCUUGACAGGACACUUUCACAGUAGAGGCACACACACACACACACACACACAGAUACAAGCGCACCCACACACACAGUUGGCUCGAUGGCAGAGUGGAUAAUACUUCUGUUUUCUUUCUACGGACUUCUGCACGGACAAGGGAUUCGGACUCCGACUGAAGAGGAGUGUUGCCAGGAUGGGAGGAAUUGGGCCAAGACUGGACCGUACUGUAUCCUACCAUAUUUAUCGUACUCCCACAUAUGCAGGAUCGCCCAGGAGCAGUGCUGCGUGGCAGCAGUAAAAGACCGACUCUGUGAAAAGGGCAUUGAGAUGUCCAAGGAGCCAUCGGCCUGUUCCAGGUCCUCGUUCCAAGGAGAAGCCUGGGAAACCCAAUUGUCUAAGACGUGCUGUGACUGCUGUAUGCUCGGCCUGGUGACAGCGAGCCGAGGCUUGAGCUGCGAGCUCGAGGGUUUGAUGAUGGGGAGAAAGUGUAUGCACACAGCUAGAGACUGCUGUGCCAAAAACACAACGGUAGAAAUACAACCGGCGGCUGAGAUUGAUCUUCCUACUGAUCAUGAGUGCUGUCAGAAUGGGAGGGAUUGGGCCAAGGGAGGAAAACACUGUGCAAACAUCGAACUCUUAUUAACUCCCCACACCUGUAGGACAGCCCAGGAGCAGUGCUGUGCGGCAGCAGUAGAAGACCGACUCUGUGAAACUGGCAUUGAGAUGGCCAAGGACCAAUGGGUCUGUGAGAGGCCCUUUUUCCAAGGAGAACCCUGGGAAACCCAAUUGUCUAAGACGUGCUGUGACUGCUGUAUGCUCGGCCUGGUGAGAGAGAGCCGGGGCUCGAGCUGCGAGCUCAAGGGUUUGAUGAUGGGGAGAAUGUGUAUGCACACAGCUAGAGACUGCUGUGCCAAAAACACAACGGUAGAAAUACAACAGAUUGCAACUGCACCAGUGACAGAACAGCCUCAAAGAGUCGUUAUCCCUAAGCCUACAGAGGAAUCGGAAGCUUGUAUAGACUCCCUCUGCUCCCAGUUGUGUGAAGGUAACGGUAUAUGUAAGUGCCUUGCUGGAUAUGAACUGGACCAUGAUGGAGUGACUUGUCAAGCACCAGUGACAGAACAGCCUCAAAGAGUCGUUAGCCCUAAGCCUACAGAGGGAUCGGACGCUUGUAUAGACUCCCUCUGCUCCCAGUUGUGUGAAGGUAACGGUAUAUGUAAGUGCCUUGCUGGAUAUGAACUGGAACAUGAUGGAGUGACUUGUAAAGCACCAGUGACAGAACAGCCUCAAAGAGUCGUUAGCCCUAAGCCUACAGAGGGAUCGGACGCUUGUAUAGCACCAGUGACAGAACAGCCUCAACACACGGCAGCAGACUCCCUCUGCUCCCAGUUGCAUCAAGGUAACGGUAUAUGUGCGUGCCUUGCUGGAUAUCAACUGGAACAUGAUGGAGUGAAUUGUAAAGAUGUAAACGAGUGUGUGGCCCGUACCAGUUCAUGCCCGCUUGGCCAGACUUGUAUCAACACAUUGGGCUCCUACACUUGUCGCUGGCCCAUAGUACCCUGUGGACGCGGCUAUCGUCCAUCUCAGGACGGCUCGCGUUGUGAAGAUGUGAAUGAGUGCGCUAUUGGGAAUGUGUGUAACGGCCACAGUUGUCUAAACCUGGUGGGCACGUUCCGCUGUAAUUGCAAAACUGGCUAUACCUUUGACAAUAUCAACAAACGGUGUAAAGAUAUCAAUGAGUGCAGGCAGUAUUCCGGACGACUCUGCAGCCACAAGUGUGAGAACACAGCAGGGUCCUACAAGUGUAGCUGCACCGCUGGCUUCAAACUGUCCUAUGACAAAAGAAACUGUCAAGAUGUCAACGAGUGUGAUGCCAACCCUUGCAGCCACGAGUGUGCAAACGUCUAUGGCUCGUACCAGUGCUACUGUCGCCGUGGUUACCAGCCGAGUGGCACCGAUGGGAAAACAUGUGAAGAUAUUGAUGAGUGUGCUGUGGCCGGCGGAGGCCGUGUGUGUCCCUACCGCUGCGCCAACGCCCCGGGAAGUUUUUACUGUUCCUGCCCACACAGAGGCUACACACUCGCAAAUAAUGGACGCACAUGCCACGACAUUGAUGAAUGUGCAAACGGGAGACAUACCUGUUCUUACGCUGAAAAAUGCUUCAACAUCCAGGGAGGAUUUCGCUGUCUGACCUUCAGGUGUCCUCAAAACUUCCAGCAAGGAGAUCACAGAUUCACAGAUCCUUCAGUCCUUGGGAGUUGUGUUAAGAACUGCCAACCCAAGGACACCGCCUGCAUUCAAAAUCCCGUCUCCUACAUCACCUACACCUCUAUCUCGCUGACGACCAUGAGAGAAUUCAAUGGACCACAAGAAAUAGCCUUCCUGCAGACAGCUGCAGUGGCUCACAAUGCUCGUCAACGACAUGCCAUGGACGUCUUCUUUGACAUCCUGGUUGCAGAUGCCCAGGUCUCUUUUGAUGUGGUCAAGCGUUCAUACCGUGGCAUGGUUAUCGGUACGGUUCGUCUGGUGAAGCCUAUCUUUGGCCCCAAGGACAUUGUGUUGAAAGUGGCUCUGAACUAUGUCAAGUCAGGGGAUUUCUCCCAUCGCAACAUUGUCGUCAUCAAUGUCUUCGUCUCUCGCUCGUGGUUCUGAGUUAAGGAAUUGAACGAUACAGCGUUAGCUUCACAGCACAAACGUGUUUUUUGUGAUAAAGUUACCGAAUCAGUCUGCAACCCAUGAGGUAUUUAUAAUUUCAACACAAUACAUAUGAAACACGAACAAGUUAUCAAAUGAUAUGGGACUAAGAGUCUGCAGGACUGCUGACUUGCGUUAAUAAGCCCUGAACAUAAAGCACAGGGGAAUGUGAUCAUCAGUGUUUGGUUCAAAAACCAAAGAAUUGGACACUAAACUAAAUUUCACCUAAUGGCGGCAUUAGAUUAAAAAUAGUGGAAUUCAUUGAUGUUAUAGAUUUACACGGUGCUUUCAUCUCCUUCAUCACUUUUCCAGUCCAACUUGAAUUCAGACGUUGUUGUCACGGGUGCCAUUAUGACAGACCAUUGGCGGACCUAUAUGGCACUGUUUAAUAUUUCUCCAUUUCAUCUGCAUUGAGAGACCAGAUGUGACAUGCUCCAUUUGAUAAUAAUAAAAAAGCUUCA